ACCACCUCUGCGCCACACUGAGCACCUCGGCACCUCUAGGGAAGCAUGAGCCAGGCAUCACAGCCCUUCCUCGCCGGACCUAGCACCGGGCCCCCGCCCAGCUAUGCCCUGCGCAAGGAGGAGUACGAGAUCGGAGAGCUGGGGGCUCCCCAAGGCCCAGCGCAUGUGACCUCCACCGUGGUCAACAUGCAGCCCGAGGUCUCGGUGCCCGACCACAUCGUCUGGUCUCUGUUCAACGCGAUGUUCUUCAACUUCUGCUGCCUGGGCUUCGUGGCUUUCGCCUACUCCGUGAAGUCUAGGGACAGGAAGAUGGUGGGUGACUUGACUGGAGCCCAGAGCUACGCGUCUACCGCCAAGUGCCUGAACAUCAGCGCCCUGAUUCUGGGCCUCCUCUUCAACAUCGGGCUCAUCAUUGGGUUGGUGUUUCUCUGCCUCUUCUUGUAUGAAGUUUCCAGAGCGAACAGGGAUAAACUCUUCUUGUAGAAGCUUACCAGUGCCUGAAGCCCACCCCAACGCCCUGCAAUGUGGGCUGGAGCCUGCCCCAAACACACACAUGCACACACAAGCUUGCAUGCACACACAAACACGUGCAACCCCCAUCCCAGUCUCUGUUCAACAGCUUCUGCAGACAAAGCCUCAGCACCAUGUCAAUAAAGAUUCCGGCAGUGA